AGAGAGCUGAUCUUGAGACCCGGAAUUGAGACGGGCACGGGAGCUGUGAGCCACAGAGAGGAUAUCCCCAGGGACAUGGCCGCCGGAUAUUGGCCGACGAGGGGAAAUCCGCUGUCUUUCGUCCGGUCGAGCACAAGAACAAGCUCUGGGCGUCGUCCGAAGCUGCAGCAGCUGAGCGGAGAAUUGGAGCAGUGGCAGAGUGUGGCUGUGGGGAGGACAUUGCGGCGAGAGUGUGAUCGGUGAAGCGUUGAGGCCAUGGCAGCUUCAACGAUGGUCGGAGUGUCCGCAGCCGCGUCCGGUCUGCAGAUUGCGUCGGGCUCGAAAAUUGCCUCGUUCGAUGGCCUCUCGAGCCGGUCUCUGGCCCUGCGCCGGACCGAGGUCUGCGAUCUCAGCAGCGAGCUCGAGAGCAAGGUGGGCAAGAGCCGCUCCGUCACCGUGUGCAGCUUGAAGGAUCUUCGUGACCGCAUCGACACCGUGAAGAACACUCAGAAGAUCACUGAUGCCAUGAAGCUCGUGGCCGCUGCCAAGGUGAGGAGAGCGCAGGAGGCUGUGGUGAAUGGCCGCCCUUUUUCGGAGAACCUCGUCAGGGUUCUGUUCAAUGUGAACUCGCAGCUGCAGACCGAGGACAUCGACAUUCCCCUGACCCAGAUCAGGCCCGUCAAGAAGGUGGCUCUGGUCGUAUGCACAGGUGAUCGUGGUCUGUGCGGAGGAUUCAACAACUACAUCAUCAAGAAGGCCGAGGCUAGGAUGAAGGAAUUGAGAGCCCUAGGUGUUGGGUACACCAUUGUCAGCAUUGGCAAGAAGGGCAACAGCUACUUCAAGAGAAGGCCCGAGAUCCCCGUCGACAAGUUCAUCGAAGCCGGAAACAGCCCCACCUCGAAGGAGGCCCAGGCCAUCGCCGAUGAGCUCUUCGCGCUCUUCGUCAGCGAGGAAGUAGACAAGGUAGAGUUGCUGUACACCAAGUUCGUGUCGCUCAUCAAGUCCGACCCCGUCAUCCACACCCUGUUGCCCCUCUCCCCACAAGGUGAGGUCUGUGAUAUCAAUGGUACUUGCCUCGACGCCGCCGACGAUGAGCUGUUCAGGCUGAGCACCAAGGACGGAAAGUUCUCUGUCGAGAGAGAGGUGGUCAGAACCGAGACCCCGGCUUUCAGCGGUGUCUUGCAGUUCGAGCAGGAACCUGUACAGAUUCUCGACGCCCUGUUGCCCCUGUACUUGAACAGUCAAUUGUUGAGGGCUCUGCAGGAAUCUCUUGCCAGCGAGCUGGCUGCCCGUAUGAACGCCAUGAACAACGCCAGUGAAAAUGCUGCGGAUUUGAAGAAGAACUUGUCCAUCGUCUACAACAGACAAAGACAAGCCAAGAUCACUGGAGAGAUUCUGGAGAUCGUGGCUGGAGCCAAUGCGUCUGGUUAAGUACAUUUGUCGAAAUUUCGCAUCCAUUUGUACAAUAAAAAGUGUAAUAUGGCGGUGAGAGGAGUACGACCUACCGGUAGGCAGAGCUUGUGUAGAAUGUUUCCACCCCUCCUGGUGUUAAGCUUUAUUCGAGCAUGUAAUUUUUAUGAAACAGGGCUUCUGAUCCUAAGUCCCUCCGGAUGUAGAUCCAUUAUUUCAUUUUUCUUGACUUUCCUGCCUGGUUUGGUUUAACUUAGCUCGUUACAACAUGCCCAAAUUUGAGCUCACUUCUUGUCAAUGGAUGGCCAGAGCACAAUCUAAUGUGCUAUUGGCAACUUAUAUCAUAAUUUCUCGUCUUUUGGUCGGUAUGACUGCAAUUCAACCGUUAAGCCUCUUCAUGGAUGAGGUGAUCGAGUCUGAGUAACCAUUUUUUCUAGAGGUGAAAGAUGCGUGCCUCUUAGUAUGUGAAUAAAGUUCGUUACAGGAACUUGUUAUUCUGCUC